UAAUAACAUUACAAUGAACCAACAGGUCUUGUUCCGACACAUUCUCUUAGGAUCAAUGUAAAGUCACCUAAAUGGGGUCAUUUGAGUCAGUGAGGAAAUGUACAUCAAAUUUGAGUUGAUCAGUUGUGUUGUCUUCUUGUUAUCUCAAUAGUAUGAACAGGUGAAGUGAGACAAUAUUAGCGUCAGCCAUGAGUGUGGAGAGGAAUCUUUCAGGCAACAAUGCGGGGGACAUGUGUGAGGGGUUUGAGUUCCAGAAGAAGGUCUCUGACCUCCAGGAACAGAGCCUUGGCCCACUGAAGGAGGACCUGGUGGACUGGCUGGGCAAGACAUUAUCCAUUGACUUGUCUACAGACACCUUUAUGACUGUUCUAGACAAUGGGGUCUAUUUGUGCCAGCUUGCAAAACUCAUCGAAAGCAAAGCACGGGAGUGUUUUGCUGAAGGAAAGGUCACUGAGCCCCUUCCCAAGAUGAAGUUGAAAUGCAACAACCGGGCACAGUCUGGAACCUGGUUUGCCAGGGACAAUACAGCAAACUUUCUUCAGUGGGGCAAGGAGUGGGGUAUGAAAGAUGAAUGUCUCUUUGAUACAGAAACACUUGUAUCACACAAGAAGGAGAAGCCAGUGAUAGUGUGUCUCCUUGAACUGGCUCGUCUGGGCUACAAGUAUGGACUGGAGCCCCCAAACAUCAUCAAGAUGGAGAAUGAGAUCAAACACGAGGAGGAUGAUGAGGAGGAUGAGGUUGAUGCACUGCCACAGAAGACCAUCGAGAUCGUUGAAAAACGUCCAACCAAGGCUGCUGCACCUGCAAAUAAGAAGCCAGUAAAGCUUGAUUUGGAUACAGAGGUUAGACGUAUUGCAACAAAAUGUCGAUGUCAGCAGCAUGUGAAGAGGAUCAGAGAGGGGUUGUAUAGUAUUUUUGGGAAAACCAUUUUCAUCCGACUCCUGAUGGACAAACACCUAAUGGUCAGAGUUGGAGGGGGCUGGGACACUCUAGAACACUAUCUCAUCCACCAUGACCCAUCACAAGUGUACACCUUCCACCGCUCCAACAGCAGGGACAACAUCCUCGACAAUGUAGAUGGGGACCGCUUCCUCUAUGUCAGGGGCAAGUACAAGAAGUGAUAGAAGUGUGGUACAGAACAUGCAGCAAUUACCUCCCCUACCUUGCCCCUCCAAGUUAAGCCUGUUGAAGACAAUCAUUCAGGGCCCCAUUCCACACAUGAUGUUAGCAGUAUGGUUUUCAUAAGUUUAUGUAAAAGUAUGGGAGUUAUGAUCAUCUUAGCACUGUGAUCACUUUGUGGAAAAGAGCUCUCUUGUCAUACACUGUGAUAUCCAUUCUAGCCGAUGUGUAAUGUCACUUACAGAUUUAACAAAGUGGUAAUUCAUAGUGUUAGUUAGCCAAGUUCAAAUCCUGAGGAACUGUAACAUGAAUUAUUGUUCAUAUGAAUGUAUGACAAUUUAUGUUAGAUUGAUAGAACAACUUUUUUUUAGACCCAUUGUUAGAGUUGUCUGCAUGUGACUUGCUCAUUUCAGUAUUAGAAUCCAUGUGUGAAGAAGUUAUGUCCAAGAAGUUUUGAACAGUAUUUUUGUACUCUUCAUAAAAUACUCAAUGUGAUGCCAGGGUAAAGGUGCCCUUGUGUUGGACUCAUGUUGUCAGGUUAUGAUCUGACAAUAGUUGAAGUUGCAAAAGGGCUGGGUAAGAAAACAUGCUUUAGCAUGAGUUGUUGUUUGUCAUAACUGUUGCUAAUGAUAAUGACAUUGUUUA